GCGGUGCACGGUGCUGGGCAAGCAGCGCUGCUGUGGGCGGCUCGCGGUGAGUGCCCGGCCUGCACGUGUGCGCCGGCCCUCACUUGCGCCCCAGGCCAGGAGGUGGCGCGCCUGGACUGCCCGGGCGGACCCCCGGGGUGGGCGCUGUCCGCGGUGGCCCUCGCUGGCGUGACCGGCUUCGCUGGGGGUCUCCUGGCCGCGCGCUCAGCCGCCGCUGCGGCGGCAAGUGGACACCCGCUGGCCUUGGAGGGGCUCGACGAGGGCGACUUCAUCCAUGUGCUGUAUCGUGUGGGAGGCGCUCGGAUCUGGCACGAGCGAUUGAUACUGGCCUUUCAGACGGUGCCGCCCUUCGGGACAGGGAUCAUGACUCCCGAUGGUCACGCGUGCGUGGAGGCCAUCAUGCAGAACGGCGCGGACAUCAGGGAGUACGCGGUCCCCGCCGGCGCCUCAGCGGGCGCCGUAGCGGCCACCUCAGCUGGUGACCAGGUCUACCGCUUCCGUGGUCUCCCUCUUCCUGGUGACGUCGCGACGGGUGCCGCCUCUGUUCGAGGCACUCUUGGGCUGGGUGCGGGACCGCCGAUCGCGCUGAACACGGCAGGGCGUGUCAUCGCGGCUGCGGUCGGCGUCCCGCGGCGGCAGCGCCAGCACCUGCGGCAGGAGGUGCUCCAGUUGGCGCGCCUUUUGGCGGAGGAGGGGCGCCCCCAGCCGCUCCAGGCGCUCUCGGCGGCGCCGCCGUGGCCGCGCCUGCACCUGGGCCCGCCGCCGCCCCUCCGCCUGCUGUGGGCGGUGGCCUUGGCCCUGGUGGAGUGGCCGCAGCAUUGGCUGCCAUCGCCGGCGCUCCUGGAGGCGACGCUCGGAUUCAGUCGGUGGCUUUCGACGCGCAGGGGGCGAGGCACGUGGACUUUCGAGCUGCAGCGGUUCGCCUACACGCGCACGAAGUGGGCCUCAGAGGGGUACCUUGAAGCCGACGAUCCUGGGGUCGAUACCCACCUGCUGCGCUGCCGCCUCCUCGAGCUGGGCGUGGUCUACGACCAGCUCCACGUGACUAACAUCGCUGCCAUGGAGUUGGUUGGUCGGACUCUCCAGACCCAGGAGGAGCUGUACCGAGACAGGUUCGCCGCUGCCUCGGAGUUCGGCUCAGACGCAGCUCUGAUGUCGGGUGCUCUGGACGCAGGCGGGAACGCGUGCGCGGCGCCGGCUCUGAGGGACUGGUUAGCCGCAGAGAAGGCACGCGAAGCCAACAUAGCCAAGGAGCGGCGCAAGGCGCGCGAGGAGCGGUUCCUCGCAGCUGGCGGCAGCUCUGGCGGCGGUGGCGGCAGCGAUGGAGUGCGGCUUCAGCCGCAGGCCCUGGCACGCGUGGAGGACUUCGUCACCGCGACGUCUUCCCGCUGCCGAUCCCCGCUGGUGCUGCUCGCCCACCCCCAGCGCCAGGCCAUCAUGCACAUCUCGGACAGCAUCGACGAGCUUGGACGCCCGCCGUCAGAGUUCAUGUCUGGUACCGCUGCCGAAGACGGAGCCCUCAGGGAUGGUCAGCUUGGGGUUAACGUUGUCAAGAACAGUGCCGUGGGGGUUGCCGCCUACGUCGAUAACAUCCUCGUCUUCGGCGGCAGCCAAUCCUUGGUGGAUCAGACUAUGGCAAGGCUGGUGAGCACCUUCAGGUCCGACGAUAGCUGGGGCUACUCUGUGGAGCACCUGGGCAGCUCGGGGACUCGCGCGUUGAAGAAUCCAGAGGACAUCCAGGAGGCCAACACCUUGGGCGUCUACGGUAUGGACUUGGGCGUCCCGGUGGAACUCAACAUGACCAAGGCCUUGAGGAUCAGCACGGACCCUUGGGAGCUCGACGAGGUACCUGGGCACAUUACACGGAAAGAGGCCUGGAAAAGUGUCAGCGCACAGUCGGUGUCUCUGGGGGCCAAUAUUCUUUACCUGGAGGGCGAGGCCUUAGUCACGUCGGCGGAGGCGAUGCCGCGGCGGGGAUCGCGCACCCCUUCGGCCUCGACGAGACACCGCGCCCGUCUGGCUGCCAUGGCCGCGGGCGGGCGCACCAGCACUCUGGCCAUGAGCCUUCUGGAGCAGCUUGCGGUGAGACCGAACACAGAGGCCUUCUGGCAGCUGCUGCACAGUUUCGUGAGCUACUGUGCGGACCACCACCUGGACUGGAGCACCUUGUGCCAGCUGGACUCGAUCCUGGCGGAGUACUUCACCGCGCGCUACCUGGAGGGAGCCGCUGCGAACGUCGGGCCCCAGACGAUUGCAGCCAUCUCGCAUUUUACCCCAGGACUCCCGAGGCAGAUGGGCACCGAGCUGCCGAGGGCCUCCCGUGCUAUGCAGGCAUGGAAGCGGCGCACGCCCGCUUUGACCAGGCUCCCGAUCCCACGGGCUGUGAUGUUUGCCCUCUGUGGGAUGCUGAUCGCCUGGCAGCAGCCUCAGAUGGCAGCUUGGUUGGCCAUCAGCUUCUCGGCGUACCUCCGACCUGCCGAGGCACAGAGGCUGACGACCGACAGCAUCGUGCAGCCGUCGAUAGGCGCGGGCGCCGCGCAUCAGUUCUGGGGCCUCCUGCUGCACCCCGCAGACCGCGGCCAGGGCGGGAAGACGGGGUCGUUCGACGAGUCGAUCCUCUUCGAUCUCGACCUGUACCUCGUGCCAGUCCUCAUGGCUCUCCGCCUGAAGGGGCCUGCCGCGACGCCUCUGUGGGGUUUCAGUCUGGGCCAGCUGAACCAGAUGUUCACUCUUGCUGCAACGGCUCUGGGCAUCAACCACCUGCGCCCCCACCUGUACGGGAUGAGGCACGGCGGAGUGAGCGACGACCUCUUGACGCAGAGGCGAUCGAUGGAACAGGUGUUCCGCAGGGGCCGCUGGGCCGUCAUGUCGUCGACGCGGCGCUGCGCGAAGGAGACGGCUCUUCUACGCGAGCUUCAGGGCGCGGCGGAGGACGUGUACGCGCUCGGCCACCUCGUGGAGGGGCGAUUUUGCGAGCUGCUGGAGAUGGGCUUCAUCAAAAGCGGUUGCCUCGCCCAGGUGCCCUCCCGGCUGGCGGAGGCGAUGCAGCUGGGCGCCCCAGCGCGCGGCCGGCGCGUUGUGUUAGAGCUGUUCAGCGGUUCGGGCCACCUCACCGCCGCCGUGCGCCGACUCGGCCUUUCGGGUCUGGGGCUCGACAUCAGGCAGGGGCCUCUCGAGGACCACCUCGAUGCCACCUUUGAGGAGGCGCAACGCCCCUUCCUCGACGAGCCCAACGCCGACAUGACGGCGGCGGCGGCUCAGUGGGGCGCGGCGCGCGACCGGGUAAGCUGCGUCGCGCCCCGUUUCAACCCGGAGGAGCUCGAUGCCCAGAUGGUCCGCGAGAUCGGCGGGGACGUGCGGAGCAUGGCCACG